AUGGAUACUUUCAACGAACUUCCCAUCACUGAGAACCCUACCAGCGAGGCUUCCUUUAGCGAGGCUUCCCCUAGUGAUGGUACUGUCGGAGAUAUCUCUAUCCAUGAUGUCCCUACCGAUGUCCCUACCAACGAUGUCUCUACCGUUGAUGCCUCUACUGGCGAAAUCCCUACCAACGACGUCUUUACCAGCGAUAGCCCUACUAGUGAUGUCCCUAGUAGCGAUACUACAAUGAAUGAGUCCUUUGCCAACGAAACCGCCAUUACCCCAAGCGAGAACACAGCCCCAAAAAAGAAGAAGACUCGCCGCGGCCGCAACGACCCCGAGCCAGACUGGUCCGCUCAAAUGCGUGACAAGGUGAAGAAGUCCAACAGCCGUAUUGGCCAAGCCUGUGAUAGGUGCAAGGCCAAGAAGAUGCGAUGCACACCCGACCACAGCGGCUGUGCCUCUUGCAUCUCCCAGAACCUCUCCUGCAAAGUCACUGACCGCGUGACCGGAGAAACAUACGUGCGUGGUGAAGCCGGGCGGAUGCGCCUCGUUAUCGAAAGACUCAAUGGCCAGGCGGAUAACCUGAAGCGGGAAGUUACGAGGCUGCAGCAAGAGAACGAGUUGCUGCGGGAUUCCCAUGCGGAACUCAAGAGUCGGAUCAACAUGUACAAGUCGUCUCUUGAUACCUAUGAGGCGGGGUUUGUUCUUAGCAAUCCAGAGGCUGAUCUGAUGCAUCUUCUGUGA